GCGGCGCAGGCACAGUUAAUACCCAGCGCGGUCUGGCAAUUCAGGAACAUGAUCAUCUGUGUAAUGCCCUCCAGCUGGCCCCUCCUCGAUUACAACAACUACGGCUGCUACUGCGGGUUCGGGGGCUCUGGGACCCCCGUGGAUGAGCUGGACAGGUGCUGCCAGGUUCACGACAGCUGCUACAACGAGGCUCUGCAGCACAAGGACUGCUGGCCGAUAUUCGACAACCCGUACACCGAGAUCUACUCCUACACCUGCCGCGAAGCCACUGUCACCUGCAGCCCCAAGAACAACCCCUGUGAAGCCUUCAUCUGUGAGUGUGACAGGCAGGCAGCCAUGUGCUUCUCCACAGCCGAGUACAAUGAGGAGAACCAUGGGAUUCCCAGCAGGCUCUGCAAGGACUGAAUACAGCCAGCCAGCAACCUUUAAUAAAGCAAGGAAUGAUUCCCUGAGCAAGCCCUGCCUGAUGUCUCUCAUUAAACUGCUCUCUGUCUCUCUC